UCGAGACAGAACGAACUCUGAAAUUGGAGAAGUGGCACAGACUUUGCACUCCAAAUAAAAUAAUUGGUCUUAUAAAGUCGUUGAAAGUCAUAUCAUGGCCCUGACUCGAGGAAUCUUCAUUGUCGGUGCCAAGCGCACUCCGUUUGGUACCUUUGGUGGUGUUCUAAAGGAUAAGAGUGGUACAGACCUUGCUGAAGUGGCGGCCAAGGCAGCACUAGCAUCGGGCAACAUCAACCCUGAAAUCAUAGAUACCACUGUCGUGGGAAACGUAGCACAGACAUCGCCAGAUGCUGCUUACACCGCCAGGCAUGUUGCACUCCGUUGUGGGGUACCCAUGUCGAAGCCUGCCCUCACUGUUAACAGACUGUGUGGGUCCGGGUUCACUUCUAUUGUAACAGCUACGCAGGAGAUAUUGGCUGGUGAUGCAGAGGUCGCUCUGACAGGGGGAACGGAGAAUAUGAGCAUGGCUCCCUACACCCUGAGAGGGGCAAGAUUUGGUACCAAACUUGGUGAAGAUCAGAAGCUUGAGGAUACCCUGUGGGCUACCCUCACUGACGCACACAUCAAGACACCCAUGGGCAUCACGGCAGAAACACUUGGAGCUAAGUAUGAGGUCACGAGAGAAGAUUGUGAUGAAUUUGCUUUACUUGGUCAACAGAGGUGGGCUGAAGCCAAUAAGGCAGGGAUCUUUGAUGUUGAAAUGGCACCCAUCGAGCUCGCCACCAGGAAAGGACCAAAAUUGGUCACAACCGACGAACACCCUCGGGAGACCAACAUGGCUCAACUUGCAAAGUUACCGCCGGUUUUCAAGAAGAAUGGUCUGGUCUCGGCAGGGAAUGCCUCGGGUAUCUGUGACGGAGCUGGAGCGGUGAUCCUAGCCAGUGAGGAAGCAGUUACCAAGCACAACCUCACUCCACUUGCCAGGCUUGUCAGUUAUAACGUUGCCGGUUGCGACCCUAGCAUCAUGGGUAUAGGACCGGUAUAUGCUGUAAGGAGUGCCUUAGAGAAAGCCGGCCUGACGCUCGAUGAUAUGGACCUUGUCGAAGUCAACGAGGCCUUUGCAGCACAGUUCAUCGCAGUGGAGCGUGAGCUGGGCUUGGAUCGGCAGAAGACCAACGUCAACGGGGGCGCAAUCGCUCUGGGUCAUCCCGUCGGGGCCUCUGGUUCGAGAAUCACAGCACAUCUUGUCCAUGAGCUAAGACGGAGAGGCAAUAAAUACGGUGUUGGUUCAGCGUGUAUCGGUGGCGGACAGGGUAUUGCUGUCAUCCUAGAAAGCCUGGAAUAAUAGCCUCCGUCUUCAGCAACAACCUCUAGACCAAACCAUCCAUUUCCACAACAAAUGCAAGCCCUACAGAGUAUAGUAAAUAAUAAUUUUAUUAUUCAUAAUAUGCAUAAGACAUACAUUGUACGUAUCUAGGGCUUAGAGAUUUAUUAUUACCUGGGCUCCGUAACACAAAGACUAGCGAUCAAUCGCUAAAUGAAUUGACCAAUCAAGAUUGAUGUUACACGCACAUUUGGCGCAAAAUACUGACCAGAAACCAAUCAGAAGUGUUCUUUCACAUUUGCUAUUCAUCGCAAACCUUUGUGUUACGGAGCCCUGGUCAUUGGAUUCAAUCAGUCAUCCCCGCACGCAAUGUAUGCACAUCCUCCACUCCCUGGUGAGUAUACCAGCCAGUUGCCGGUGAGGUGCAUACAGUACUAAGCAAGCAACAAUGACGUUCACAUCCUUUCGGGUACCCAUUUGCACCUUCGUGGGGAGCGGCGAAGUGGUGAUUGAUGCCUUUUCAAAGGAUGCCAGGCCGUGAUGAGAUUUGAACACACAGCCCUCUGACUCAGAACCACUUUGCCACUGCACUUCCAAAGAAGCAACAUUUAUAUUUUUGUUCAUUAAAGGAAUUCCAACUCAAAUGAUGAGUUGUCUUUAGAGGAAACGACAAAAUCAGACAAAUAGAUAGGUGAAAGUGUGAAGAAUAUUUGAUAAAAGAGAAAGUUAUGAAUUUUUGUACACAAAGUGGUUAAAAUGUAAGUUUUUUUUUCAAAAGUUUCACUUCAAAUUAUAUGUAUAAAUAGUUGAUUACUGCCCGAUGUGAAUUGGCACUUACGUGAAAAUCUCUGGUAAUUGAGUAGAAUCUAUGGAGAAGGUGAACUUGCCACUUGUCAGAAUUUAUCUCCCCAGUUACCAAAAAUGUAAGUGAUCUCAUUUUUUAAAUGGCCAUAACUGUCUAAUACCUUGUCGGAUUUCUUUCAAACUUUCACCAUGCUAUUUUUCUGAUUUUUUUCCUCCUCGUACACAAUUUUUGACGAAGGUUGGUUUCCCCUUUAAAGUGGUUGUCUCACCUGGGCUCCGUAACACAAAGGUUUGCGAUGAAUCGAAAAUAUGAAAGAACACUUCUGAUUGGUUCCUACUUCCUAGUCAGUAUUUUGCUACAAAUACGCGUGUAACAUUGAUCUUGAUUGGUCCGUUCAUUUUAAUAGCGAUUGAUUGCUAAUCUUUGUGUUACGAAGCCCUGGAUGCUAUUGCCGACUUCCGAACGUCGAGCCAUUUCCUAACUAAGUCAUAAAAAAUUGCUAGAAAUACUAAAAGAUUUAUUUUUGGUAAAUAAUGCAUUUUCUUUCUACUUUGAGCCGUAAAGCAAUUCUCGAUAUCAUGUAUAGAAUGCUCGCUAUUAAGAAAUAGAAUUUUAUGAAAAAAUGGCGUGCCAUAGUUUAACGUACAUGCCGCGCUAAAUGUGUGACCACCCGACGACACUAACUCGAAAUCAAUUAGUAUAGAUGAUUGAUACGCAAUAUCCUAUAUUAAUCUUAUUCUUGGACAAAUUUUAUUCUUCUUCAGAAGAAGCGUGAUUGUCUGGUUCUUUAUGUAUUAAAAGUGUAAUGAAAUGUAUUCAAAAUACCUUUAACUCUCAGGAUUAUUUUGGAGUUUCAGAAAUUCCUUCCAAAUCAAUUCUAUUAUUGUCUAUUUCUUCUGUUCAAUGUCUUGUCUGUUAAGUUAUAUAUAUAUAUUGUUGAAAUUCAGUCAUUAAACUUUCUAGUGAAUGUCUUUACAGAAACUUAUAUUGCAAUGGAGAUUCAUGUCUUUUGGAUAGUGACAUUAAAGGUCAAUCCCAAAGGUAAAUAAUCAUAUCUGAUUAUUACAAGUUCGUAAAAACUCGAAUACAGGGUCAUGAAAUUAAUGUGGUAUUGAUUUGACAAAUCUUUCAAGCAAAUAUCAUGACAGAAUGCAUGCAUGCAUAUCAAGUUCUUAUUACAACGGCAGCUAAGGGCAAGUCGGCUCAAAAACUGUUUUCAUACUAAAUUAGUUAAUAUGUUAUUGCCUAAAUUUCAAUUGAAUAAUAAGAAAGAUUUUAUGGAAGGGUCAGGCCCCGUUCCAACCCCUUCCCUUCCUUCUAAAUCAGUAUUGCAUAGGAAAUGGUCGGACAUCAAAUUUAAGUUCUGUGUAUUGAAAGAAAUAUAUUACUAUUACACCAUGUUAAACAUGUGUAGUUAUGAAAUGAAUACAAUUAAAUUCAUGAAAAUUAAAAUGAUAUAUAACCAUA